AUGAAAACCAGCUUUGUGCUCAAGGGUAUCAGUGCCCUCUUGAGCAUCACUGGCGUCGCCGCAGCUCCUGCUACGAACGGUAAAAACGACGAUAAAUCUUGCUCCUCUGGCCCAAAGCCCCGGGUGUCCGUCAAACAGGUCUCCAACUUUUGUGAGACGACACCCGGAGUCAAGUCGUACAGCGGAUACGUCACGCUUCCACCUAGUACAAACUACCCCUUCGAGCAGAAUAUCUUCUUUUGGCUCUUUGAAUCACGCAACCGGCCCAAGUCCGACCCCUUGACUGUCUGGAUCAAUGGCGGGCCCGGCUCCCCCUCGACCGAUCAGGCUCUCGGUAGCAACGGCCCCUGCCGUGUGCAGCCCGACUCGAAGACAACGAAGCUCAACGCCGACUCAUGGAAUAACAAGGCUAAUUUGCUGUACAUCGACCAGCCGGUGCAGACGGGAUUCAGUUACAACAACGUCACGCCCGGCCGCCUGGGUCUGAUCGGUGGAUUCGUGUAUCCUGAAGGCACUUCGGUUCCUGAUUAUGAGACUGUUCUUUUCAAUGGCAGUUUCUCGACCCAGGACCCAAGCCAGACGCUGAACACCACGCAGAGUAUUGCGCGGGUUCUGUGGGACUUCAUGCAGGUCUGGCAGGAAGAGAAAAAACUGAAAGACUUUGUCCGGCCCAGUAUCAACCUCUGGUCACAAUCAUACGGUGGUCACUACGUGCCUGCCAUUGCGACCUACUUUGAAGCGCAGUCCAAACUUGCGACGACCGGCAAGCUGCCGCCCAAUCCACGCAUUUGCUCUCGCGCCAAGUCUAUCCGCAUCGCCACCGUCGGCAUUAUUGCCCCUUUCAUCGACAUUGUCGGUCAAUUUGCUGACCUAGAAUUCGCCUUGAACAAUACCUAUGGCAUCGAGAUCUUUGAUCCAGCUACCGUGGACGACCUGGUCGAGCAGGCCGAGGCUCCUGGUGGCUGCUUCGAUCUGAUCGAUGACUGUCGCAACAUCACCAACAGGCUCGAUCCCGAAGGCUGGGGGAACGCUCCCGAAGUCUACCCAGUCUGCAAUAAUGCCUUCUUCUCGUGCUAUCAACUGAUCGAGAGUCGAUAUGAGGCCACAGGCGUGAGUUGCCAUCUGCUUUCUCCCAACCACUUUCCCAAGAACGAUGCCCAAGCUGACAACACUCCCCAGCGCGAUUCCUUCGACAUCACCCAGCCAGCAGCCGCCCAGUUCCCUCCUCCCUAUGCUUUUGGAUUCCUCAACCGCCAAAACACGCAGUCCCGCCUCGGCGUGCCCGUGAACUAUACCGCAUUCGCACCGAGCAUCCAAUACCCCUUCUUCGCCACGGGCGACUUUCUCCUGUCCGCGCCAUCGAGGGCAAAGGAUGUCGCGACCGGCAAGAAGGCCAUUGGCAACGGGGCCAAGUACGCAACGAGCGGGCCAAAGGACAUUCGGGGCACGCGCACGCCGCUGCCCCCCAAGGCGCCCGUGUUCUGCUACACCGCCAGCACGCCCAUCGUUCGGGGCCAGUGUACAGAUGCGCAGAUUGCGGCGCUGGCGGACGGGACGGCCGUCGUGAAGGAUUUUGUCGUUGUGCAGCCUGCGUGGAGCGGGUAG